UCUUCCGACUUCGCAGUCUUUGACUGUCACAUCCCCCCUACAGAUUUCUGAUCUCUCAAUCCCCCCAAAAAAACAUUCAAAACUAUGGAAAGAACGGAUCUUAUUACUAUGGCCAAGCUGGCAGAGCAGGCUGAGCGCUACGACGACAUGGCAGAGUUCAUGAAGGGAGUUACAGAGAUGGGAGUCGAGCUGUCAAACGAGGAGAGGAACCUGCUGUCCGUCGCUUACAAAAACGUGGUUGGGGCGAGGCGGUCCGCAUGGAGGGUGAUGUCCAGCAUCGGACUGAAGGCCGAGGGCUCCGAGAAGAAGCAGGAGACUGUCAAGGAGUAUCGGGAGAAGGUGGAGAAGGAGCUGCAAGAGAUUUGCGAAAACGUUUUGAAACUGUUGGAUAGUCAUUUAAUUGAAAAUGCAACAAACUCUGAGAGCAAAGUCUUCUAUCUAAAGAUGAAGGGGGACUACUAUAGAUACCUUGCUGAAGUUGCCUCUGGAGAUGCAAAAACAAAGACCAUUGACAACUCACAGCAAGCAUAUGAGGAGGCGUUUAAAAUCAGCGAGAAAGACAUGGACUCCACACAUCCCAUCCGCUUAGGAUUGGCCCUCAACUUCUCUGUCUUUUACUAUGAGAUCCUCAACUCCCCAGAAAAGGCCUGUGAAUUGGCUAAAAAGGCAUUUGAUGAUGCCAUUGCUGAGCUUGACCAGCUAAAUGAGGAGUCCUACAAAGACAGCACUCUCAUCAUGCAGCUCCUCAGAGACAACCUGACAUUAUGGACAUCGGACAACGUUCCCGAUGAAGGCGAAGCUGGAGAAGUAGAUGCCGGUGAGAACGAGAACUAAAAGACACAAGCCCUCAACGGUGUGGGUCAUCUGGGAAAACAAGAAAAGGAAAAAAAAAAAACUUUUUACACAUCCUUCAUUCCUUAAUUCUCCACUCAAACAUUCUAUCAAUGAAACCCAUUGCUGAAAAGAGUUGUGUAAGGAAAUAUAUAUUAAAAAAAAUAAUCAUUUUCACAAUGUAGAUUUGGACAUGUGGUGAAAAAAGAAGCCCUCCAUUCCUAUUAUUUGUGUUUCGUCCUGGCCUUCUCAUUUGUGCAGUUUCGGCUGUAGGAAAGUGAUUGCUAGCUUGACAUGAUCUCAGACUCCUAGCUUAAUUAAGAGUCAGAAAAAUGUAUGCCCCACGAUUGAACAACUGGAAGCCUAAAUCCUAUCACUUGAGAAGGCUGUUUUUUCCUGAUGAGAAAUGUUAGAUACAAAAACUAGUCGCCCCAUUACCUUUUAGUGUGUUUGUCUCAACAGUUUUGUGGUACGGUUACAGCAGCUGAAGUUAAAUUUAAAAAAAAAACUGAUAUUCGUACUGCAGGGAAAGCUAGUGCACUUUACAUACUGGCAACAAAAACUAUAAUACAGCCAAGUAGUGCCAAUUUGGAUAAAUUCUCACUUUUCUGCUCUGGUUAUGAUGCCACUCUUUCACUUAAGCAUGUCUGUUUGGGAUGGGGGGAAUGAUGGGGCUUGUCUGACAAAAUGCAGGGAUCCUUUUAGUGGGAGUAAGAAAAUUCUGUUAUGCAUGUGUUAUGAUAUUACACUGGAAUGGGAACAAAUGCUGUAACACACACAAGUCCAAGUGUCAAAUUUUAGUCAUUUCAAUGCAGGUUUGUACACGCCCAACAGGAGGGUGAUAUGUUAGUCUGUCGGUGAUUGUCAUUAGAGAUUUGGACCACUAUUGUUUUGCUCUUCAUUCAAUCGUAGUCCCCAAAGCCUUGUGGAACUGUUUGAAUCCCUAUGUAUCAGCUAUGUUAACAUGAAUAAAACAUUUUAUAAACCAAA